CAUAAGACUGUACAUUUGUUUAUAAGACUGUACUUGUGUUCUCUUCUGUCUUCUCACUUUCCUCCACCUCUGAGUCUCUGACUCCAGUUACAUAACUGCUACACUAUUACUUCUGUGAAUUGUCCCAUAAAACAUCAGAUCAAACCCAUUUUUUUUUUUUUUUUUAAUAAAAUCGAAUUGAUUGAACCGAAUUACAAAAUCGAUGGCAGCAGAAAUUGAAAUUUCUCCAUCCAACUCCCAAGGCUCUUCAACUCAUCCUCCUAAUCAUAAUCAUAAUCAAAAUCCUUCUCUCUCUCCUUCCUCCACUUUACCUUCCUUUCCCCAGGAUAAAGAAGAUUCUACGGCAGCCAUGAAUACCGGUGCUACUGCUCCACCUCAGGAUAACUCCAACAUUACCCACAGCCACCAGUGCUUCACUGCUGAUGAAAUCGCAAAGUAUAAUAAGUAUGAAGCAGAUUAUGCUAGUUACCUGAGAGCGAAAUACUUCUCUGACAAGGAUGUCUACGGAGGUGACAUAUAUGACCUUACAGUCAAAGUUGGCAAUGAAACCAUAAAAGCUAGCAGGUCGUCUCCUACUCGAUCAUUUGCAGAACCUGCGCAGAGUGUUGUAGACCCUGGCCAUGUUUUGGCUUCUGAAGUAGAACUACCCGCUCCAGGGGCUGAACCGUCUCCAAACAUUGCAAAUGGCAGCAUAACUCCAGUUAAGAAGAGUAGCUGAUGAUGUUUGUUUUUACUUUUUAGCAAAUCUACAGCAUUUGAAUUUGAGAAAUGCUGAAAAAAUAAUCAUAAUAUGGUAAAUAGUGCAUAAAACUUGGCUUCUUUUUUUUCUUUUUAAAAAAAAAAAUUAGUAAAAAGGUUAAGAAGUCAUUGUUAUAUGCACUAUUCACAUAUAAUUGUUAUUUUUAUACAAUCCCUCAAUUUGGAUUAAUUUUAUAUGUAUUCAUGUAUAAACGUUUAGGGUGACUGACCAAUUAAAAAAAUUUAGGGAAAAAAUUGAGUUGGUAAUUGACAAGACCUAUUAUGGUUGAACUUUUUUGUCUUUAUGAA